UAUUCAAUUUUUUAGUGGCUAGGUAGUAUAGUUAGGUACUCGAGUAAUAUUUCAUACUAAUUAUCGACCGUUGAUUUUACACUUAAAAUGUUUCGGCGUGUAGUGUAUACCUAGGUAAUGUAACGUAACUAACAUUUGUUAAAGUAUUUUAAUUUGUAGUUUUACUUAAUUGAAUCAUCAAUGUCUGAUAAAAAUGAAAAUAUCAUGGAGAGUACUCCCAGAACCUACGGGCCAAAGGCGACGGUGCCACAAAUUUUCGCUACUACGGCGCAGAGUUUUCUACUAAUUGGAUUGGGCAUGGAAUAGGAAUGCCCACAAUUAUUAAUUAUAAUAAAAUUGAUUCAACAUUUAUAUCAAAAUCCACACAGUGACGUCUCUUAACAUUAACAGAAAGUUGUGUGUAUGGUCAGUAUAAAUGAUAAAUAUACGGUUGUUGGUAAGUAAAACAUUUGUAAAUAAUGGGAAUACUCUUUAUGUUGUAAAUAGAGGAAUAUUAGAACCACCAAGCGUUUUCUAACUCAAAAUCAUUAAUUUAUUCUAAAAUAUUGAACUCCUUCGAGUCUUUCUUGUCUACUUGGCAUUUAUAAAUUUCUCUCUUUACAUCACAUGUGUUAACAACUAGUUGUUGUAGUAAUAACGCAUCGACAUCACCGAUACGUUAAGUACAAGUGCAGCCACAUUGUAGUUUCAAUGUUGAUUCUACUUGAUGUAAUUAGUAAUUACUAAUUAUAAUAUUAUGUGCACUGAGAUUUCAGAUUUCAUCUGGAUAUGAAAAUCUUUAAAAUUAAAAGAUAACCUAAAAAUAUCAACAAAAAAAAGUUGAGUUUAUUAAAGAGCUAUAUAGGUUUGCCUAUUGUUCUGUUCAUCAAACUGAAAAUCAGAACACUAUUAUAUACAGUGUACACCUCAAGUGUUACUAAAUAUUUUACACGACUUAUACAGUUAUGUGUCGUAUUUUAAAUAAAAAUGAUUGCGGAGUAUAAUAUCAUAGUAUAUCAUUAAUAUACUAACUGCUGUUUGCCCGUUAAUUCAAAUCUCCCAUCACACUUUGAGGCAACAAAUAUAUUUACUCAAUUUUACUUUUAUAUUUUCACUAUUAUGGAGGGAGUAUAUUAUUCAUAUUUCAUCCGACUGGAAGUUUUCCAUCGGGAUUCCCGCAAAAAAGGUAUGGAAGGAAGAAGUGCAUGAUUUUCGCCAACGUUCCCAGUAUUUUCGGAUGGAUAUUACUGUACAAGGUACAACACACAAUCCGCGGUUGCACUUUACGCGUCUACCGUGCUGAUGGCCAUGGAGAAUAACUAUAUCAACUCAACUACUUGGAUUCCCAUAACAAUAUUAGUCCUACUUAAACGACUCAUAAAUGAAGAAUAAAAAUGAAAAUACUUCGAAAACUUAUGGCACAAAAGCCACGGUGGCACAAAUUUUUGCUACAAUAGCGCAGAGUUUUCUAUUAAUUGGAUUGGGUAUGGAACUAGGAAUGCCCGUAAUUGUUAUACAACAAUUGUAUCAAAAUUCAGACAGUGAAUUCUCAUUAACAUUAACUGAAAUUUCGUGGUAUGGGAGUUUAUUAUGUAUAUUUCAUCCGGCCGGAAGUGUUCUUUCGGGAUUACUGCAGGAAAGAUUUGGAAGAAAACGAUGCAUGAUUAUCGCCAACUUCCCGAGUAUUUUCGGAUGGAUUUUACUAUACUACACUCACUCCGUGGUUUCUCUUUACGCGUCGACUGUAAUGAUGGGCUUGAGCAUAGGUUUCAGUGAAGCUCCGAUAUUUUCUUACGUCGGCGAGAUAACCGAACCUAGGCUCAGGGGAGCGAUGGCUUCGUUGACGUCUACAGCUCCUAUGUUCGGAGGAUCGUUUUUAUUCACUUUGGGAUAUUUCUUUGAAUGGCGAACCGUCGCAUUGCUGAGUACACUUUGUCCGAUCACUAGUAUAUGCGUUGUCAUGUUGAUUCCAGAGUCACCUAUAUGGUUGGUUUCUAAAGGAGAAAAUGAAAAAGCCGAAAAGGCCUUGUGUUGGCUAAGAGGAUGGGUGAAACCUGAAGUGGUAAAAAUGGAAUAUCUCGAACUCGUCCGGUAUAAUGAAGUAUCUGGAACUCAACGGUUAGCUCGUGACGCUAAUCACAAAAAUCUAUUUUCAAAAUUAGCCCAAUUUAAGGAGCCGUCGGUGUACAGACCUCUUAGACUAAUCAUAUUUUAUUUCUUCACUUCUAUUAUCAUGGGCAGUAUACCUUGGAAACCGUUUAUUGGUAAGAUCAUGACAGAAGUUGGCUUAUUGAAUAAUCAAAGUUUACUACUGGUUGUUUUCGCUGUACUACAAAAUAUCUCAUGUAUGAUUGUAGUCUCCGCCGUCCAUUAUCUAGGGAAAAGGUUUUUGACUAAUUUGACAUUUUCAGUCAACACAUUAUUGAUGUUUCUAUUCGGAAUUUACAUUAUUGCCAUGAAGAAUAACUAUAUCUGUUCAACUCCUUGGAUUCCUAUAACUAUAUUAUGUGGAAUUUCCUUUUUUGGGGCAGCAAUUAUUAUUUUGCCAUGGAUGUUAUUAAGCGAAGUUUUUCCGAACAAAAGUCGAGGAAUCGCAACUGGAUUAACUGCAGGAUUGACAUAUUUACAAAUAUUCAUUUUAACAAAAUCAUACUUAACAGUAGAGACCCUCUUAACCUUGGAAUACACGAUGGUUUUCUUUGGUUGUUUUGGCAUUCUUGGAUCACUCUACUUCUACUUUUAUUUACCAGAAACAGAAAAUAAAACAUUGUUAGAAAUCGAAGAAUUUUUUACAUAAAUACUUAAUGAUUUAUUUUUAAGAAAGGGGGGACUUAUGUUUGUCCCCCAUACUAUAAAAAGGUGAAAAACAUACC